UUUGCUGUCAUUCAUAUUUGUGCGUCUGAUCAAUCGGCGGUAAAAAUACAUAUCGCUCGGUGAUAAUAUCAAAAUUGCCUUCAGCUCUUCUGCUUCUGAAUAAAAUUGCAACAAUUCCAAAAAGACUGUAAUACCAAAGACUGACCGAAUCAAUCGAAACAAACACGGAAAUGGCAUUAAAUGUCAACAGCCGUAAGCGAACUCGUUCGGAGAAUGAUUGUGAAUAUACGACUCAAUCAAAACAAUUUGUCAACGAACAGACAAUUAACAUGAGCAAUGAUUCAAAAAUGAAAGAAAUUUAUGAUAAAACCAUUGAAUUGCUGUUUAAGAACGCCAAUCUCAAGUUUUUUGACAACAAUAAUGAGACUGAAAUUGAUAUGGCUCCAGUACAACCGGUAACAACAAAGUGGCAACAAUUUGGUGAAAAAAUUUGCCUCAAGGGUGAUGGUCAAGUCAAUUAUAUCGAUGCCAGUUCGAAAGGUGCAGCCGAAAAUGUGUCACGUAGAUGCCGUUUCUGCGCCAAACCAUCGUCCAUUCAAGCCACCGACUGCAUAAAUUGCAAUUUGGAAAUAUGCGAAUUCUGCGGUAUUUCGUGCAUGCAGUGCAAUGCCCCAUUGUGCAUGAGCUGCGUUCAACUCUUUGGAUGCUGUGACAAUUCCAUCGACAUGAAUGCAUGCUGCGUACGUUGCAAACAAAUUUACAAUCUCCAAUAGAAAUAGAAAGCACCGUGAUAUACAGGAUGUGCAAUGAAAUAUCAUCUUUGAACACAACAUUCGAGCUAAUAUUUUAAAUGACAAUGCAGUUAAAAGUCAAUCAAUGAAGAACAUAGUCUAUCUACCUCCGAAUGUGGUUCUAUUUGAUAGGAUACCAUUUAAAUUGUACAUUGAUUUUUUCGAUUUAUUGUAAUUUUUCAAAAUAGAUGUAUUUGUAUAGAUAGUUGGCGUUAACAUUUUAAAUGAAAUUAUUUAGACAUCAAUUAAUAUUUAUGGAAAAAAUCACGAAACUUAUAAUAUACAGUAAAUAUCGUAGUGUAGUAAAGAA